GAGUGUAGGUGACACUUUCAUCCCACGAGCGAGAUAGAUGAAAACGCUGGUUUUUAUUCAUCUUCAAGCUCAAAAAUGGAUCAGAAAAAGGAAAAACUGGUGUACAAAAAGUCGAGGAUUUUGUGAAAAAAAAACAGGAUUGGAAAUGCAAUGAAAGUUAAAAUAAAUAUACGCGGUCCAAGUCGAGGAUGAAUUUUCGUCAUCCAGAAGGCGAUAGGAUAAGUUUUCGGAUUUGAAACCGCCCAAGAUUUCCCGACGAUAUUCCAGAAUGGAGUUGAAUAAUGUAGGGAGCAAUAAAAGUUCCGUGUACCUGGCGAUUCCGUUUCGAAAACUCUGCAUAGCCACCGUUUCCUUACCACUCGUCAGUUUAAUCAUUUGCUUCGUCACAGCAUAUAUAUUUCAACAAGACGAUAUUCACGAAACACACUGUCGGGUAUACAAUGUUCUUCCAUCGAUCUCAGCGAUUACGGGUGUUUCGCCUCAGAGAUAUCUCUGGCGAAUUAGCAUAGCUUUACACAUUGGACCACGGCUCAUGAUUGCAAGUGUUUAUCAUUCCUAUUACCGUAAGAUCCUUGACACCAUCGAAGAUGUGUCUGCGAAGCUCGUUGCUUGCAGACUUUUACAUUUAUGUUACUGGCUCAACAUUGCCGAGGUCGCCGCUCUCAGCGGUGUCACCUAUAUUUCAAAUAGGGAAAAUUACGCGGUACACGAGAAGAUCUUUAUAAUGUUUAUGAUCAGCUCGCUCACAUAUAUGUUGACUGCAAUAAGAUUGGGUCGCUUAAUGACGCCAAAUUCAGCGAGUCUUCAGUACAAGCAAGGUCUGUUUAUAACGAGUCUGGUCAGCACUGUAGGCCUUAUUAUCUUCUUUCUGAAGCAUCGACUCUUGUGUCAUGACUUAGGUCUCUUCAAUUUUUCGUUUAUGAUUCUGGGAUUUGUUCCUAUUGGAGCCCUCGACGGAUUUUCUCUGAACUGCCUUUUUUGAGUAGGUGUUCAGUUUUUUUUCUUGUCCGUUUGAGUGCAAUUUCCACAAAACCAAAUUAAUUCCGGAUCAUAGAUAUCAAUUUCAGUGACUGGGGGUUGAUGACAAAGAGGAUGGUAGACCUCUUCGCAGUUGUGACAUUCAAGAAGUAUAAAUGGUCCCAAAUUUGAUCCAUUGCACACCUUCCAAAAGGAAGAGAAAAUAUAAUUAUUUAGUUAAAAAAAAAGGAUUGAAAAAAAAUUGGCCAAAAAUGCAGGCAACAAGAAUCGAGCCCAGACCUUUCGCUUACAACUCCGGGAGUGCUACUGACGGAUUUAAACGCCGGACGAAAGACGUUCGAAUUGCGCUUUAUGUAAUCUGCUUUGUUUUGUUUU